AUGAUGUCUGACACCACUGCAGAUCUUUUCGAUGUCAAUAGGCCGGUGCCAAAAGCUACGGAGAUAGCUUGGAAGCAGCCUCCGCCUCCGCAGAAUCCUGUUGUGAAAGGCUUACCACUGCAUUACCUGUCUCUCUUGGUCUCGAAUGUAUCAUUCGUGCAGCAAGUACUCUGGAGUAACGCUGGGUUCGGCUCGUUGCGGGAUAGGCCUGAGCUGGAGAGCAGUGAACCAAGAUAUGAGCCGACCGUGAUCCGGACUGCUGGUAUGCAGAGGAGUAAGAACGAUGAGCAUUAUCUUCGGGCUCUGCUCGACGAGAGUUGGGAUACGAAGAAGCCUACUAGCAAUGUCCACUACUCUGUCAAAGACUACACGGAUGCGUACAAAUCCGGCAAGGUCACGCCGACAGACGUUGCGAAGGUGCUGAUCCCAUUGAUCUCCAGAGAGGCUGAAACACCUACAAAGCACUCGACGGUAUUUCUCCAGGUCAGACAAGAUCUCGUACUGAAGGCUGCCGAAGAGAGCACGCAACGCUACAAGCAAGGCAGGCCCAUCAGCCCACUGGACGGUGUUCCCGUUGCAGUCAAGGACGAAGUAGAUCUCUCAGGCUACAAGAAGUGCUAUGCGUCCAAGAUCGACUUCACGCGCAAGGACGAUGCCACGAGCCAUUGCGUCAAGAUGUGGCAAGAUGCUGGUGCGGUCAUUAUGGGCAAAUGCACGAUGCAGGAACUAGGCAGCGACAUCAACGGGAACAACCCGAACUUUGGAACACCACUCAACCCCUACAACGAGCACUACUACUGUGGUGGUAGCUCGACUGGAAGUGCUUACACUGUAGGAGCUGGCUUGAUGCCAUUGUGCGAAGGCAACGAUGGAGGUGGCAGCAUUCGGAUUCCCUCGACGUAUUGUGGCAUCUACGGGCUGAAAACAACGCAUGGGCGUGUGAGCAAGGCGCCGUCCACUGAUCUUGCCCGUAGCACUGGUGUUGCUGGACCUAUGGCAGCGAACAUGAUCGACCUAGAAAUUGGCUACCGCAUCAUGGCACAGCCAAAUCCCCAGGAUCCUGAUUCUGCUCAAUUCAGAACGCCAGGCUCAAUUUCUGUAUCCGCUGGGAGUAACAAAGUGCUCGGCAUCUACAAGCCCUGGUUCGACCAAGCUGACGCUGUGGUGAAGGAAAGCUGUCAGAAGAUGAUCGACCACCUCACCAGUAACCUUGGCUACACAAUCGAGGACAUCACCAUCCCACUCGUCCCCGAAGGCCAACUGGCGCACGCCUUGACCAUUCUGACCGAGCUGGUAGUAGGAGUCAAGCCAUCAGACACAUCCAAACUCACCCCAGCCAACAAAGUCCUCCUAUCAGUCGCGCGCAAGAGCACCUCCGUCGACUUCCUCCAAGCACAACGCCUACGCAACCUCAUCAUGCAGCACCUCUCACACCUCUACACCAAGCACCCCGGCCUCAUCAUCGUCACCCCUUCAACAGCCGAAGCAGGCUGGCGCAUCGAGCCCGGAGACUUAGCAUACGGCCUCUCCAACUCGAACAAGCAACUGAAGAACAUGACCUACGCCUGGCUCGCCAACUUCAGCGGAUGUCCCGCCAUCAGCGUUCCCUGCGGCUACGCAGACCCACCCCCAUCAACCAAAGACUCAAGCAAAGUCCCCAUGGGCCUCUGCGGCAUGAGCGACUGGUGCAGCGAAGAUGCCCUCAUCGCCUUCGGCUACGACUGUGAACGCUAUCUCCAUGAUGUCCUCCCGGGUUCAAGGUUGAAGCCGGGGAAUUGGACCGAUGUGCUCGAGCUCGCGAAGGCCCGACCGAAAGGAGGCGAGUGA